AUGCCGGAGAUGGAAGGAUGGGACCCGAAUUUUCUUUUUUUGCUAGAUCCAAACUUUAUGCCAAAAGAUUCACAAGAAAUGAGACGCCUGAUGUCUCAGCCGUUUGAUUAUUACCCGAUGAUGAACCCAGAAAAUAUCGACCAGCAGUAUCGAAAUCAGAAGGAAAAAGUCGAGAGCGAAAAUCAGUUUUUAUUCUAUUUUCGAGGUUUUUGCAAAAAUAUUUAAAAAUAAUUUGUAUUUUUUUACUAAAAACAGGAAACUAUUUUUUAUUAGAAUUAUUCUUUAUAUGAUAAAAUAUACCAAAACCGCAAAUUAUAUAUGAUAACACCAAAAAGAUUGGAACCUUAACACUAGAAGAAAGAAAAAUAAAAAUCGAAAGGUACUUAUUCCCCCACUCCGAAAGCGAACAAAACCAUUGGAAAAUCCCCAUUUUUUGGUAAAACCCACCCUCUUUGAGUGAACAAAAAAUUUUUUUAAAAAAGAUUUAAUGUAUAAGUGAUAUUAUUAUGAUGAAAUCUCUGCAAAUUCUGUUUAAUUUUAGCAGCUUGCAUUUUAAAAUAUAAAUUUUAUAUUUUAAAUUAAUAUUGCUUCAAAUUUGGAUUUUUUAAAUUUCAAAAAAAAUUAAAUAUAUAAUUUAUAUAUAGCCCGUUCCCGGCUAUAUAAAUUUUUUAAACAAAAAGAAUUGGCCCUUCAUGAGUGAACAAAACUUUUUGGUCAACUCUCGAGGGUGAAUUAGAAAAAAGAAAGAGGAGAACUUUUUCAAAGAGAAUUGCGUAUGCAUGCAGAAAAAGGGUAGCUGAUAGCAGAAUCAGAAUUAAGGGAAGAUUUGUUACCAAAGUGCAAGCGGAUGCACUUAAAGGCCUUGAAAACGACAAAAAUAAUGUUUCUUUGCCUCUCAACUAUGAGAAGCGAAAUUAA